AUGGAGCUCUCCCGUCUACUCGCCCUCCUUCUGGCGGUUGGAUCCGCGGCCGCGAUCCCGGCACCAUCGGACCUGGACCGUCGGCAGACAAGAGCCGUCGAGGAUGCCAUGACAAGCAUCAUCGAUUCGCUAAAACAAUACGACAGGCUCAUUGUAAACUUGAAGAACACCGACUCGUCGGGACCGGUGCUGAGGGCCACCGAAGAUGUCGAGUCAACCAUCAGCUCGUCGAUAAGAUCGGUGGAGGAGGCCAGGAGGGCAAACACCUUCACCAGCGUGGCACUCAUCCAAGUGAGCAGCAACAUGGUGGACCAGGUGCAGACCACGAUUCGAGAUUUGCGGGACAAGAAGCCCGUGAUGGACCGCAUCGGCACGAGCAAAGUCACGCUCGACACCUUGCAGAAGCUGAGGCCUGCUGCCAGAGAGCUGGCGGAUGCCAUCGCGGACAAGGUGCCGGAUCUCGGAAGGGACAUAGUCGACAGGGUCAAAUCCGACAUUCUCGACGCCUUGAACCAGGCCAUCACCACAUAUAGCCAGCCCGCUGCUGCACCGGCCGCGCCCGCGCCACCCCCAGCAGCGUCUCCAUCUCCAGCUCCCAGCCCGGUCGCUCCUCCUCCUGCUCCUCCCGCAGUGGUCACGGUGACGACAUUAGUACCACCCCCCGCUGUGGUUACCGUCACGGCGGUUGCGCCUCCGCCACCGUCUGUGGUUACCGUGACGGCAACAGCCACAGCCACACCAUCGCCAGCAUAUUUGGAUGGAUGA